CUCCCUCCCUCUGUAGAUAGUGUAUGUAGAUCCUAUGAAGGCCCUGGCAGCAGAGAUGAGGAACUACUUCAGUAAGCAGAUGGAGCCACUGGGCAUUGCUGUCAAAGAGCUCACUGGAGACAUGCAGCUAACUAAAGGGGAGAUUCUGCGUACACAGAUGCUGGUGACCACCCCUGAGAAGUGGGACGUGGUGACCAGGAAGAGCGUUGGGGACGUGGCCCUGUCCCAGAUUGUAAAGCUCCUCAUCCUGGACGAGGUGCAUCUGCUACACGAGGACAGAGGACCAGUUCUGGAGAGCCUGGUGGCCAGGACACUACUUUUAUUUUAUUUUUAUUUAUUUUACCUUUAUUUAACCAGGUAG